AUGGUCAAACGAAUCUUAAGUCAUCAGAAUAUCAACACGUGCGGACGUGAUGAUGGUGAUAUGGUAAGAAAACAUUCACAUACCGAUGAGAAUGAUAAUAAUCAUUUAACCGCUGAGAACGCGAAUCCAGUUGCAAUGAUACCUAUUCAUAAUGGUACAACUGAUGAAGAACAUCCAAAGAAGAGAAACAGUGUAACUUUGGUCAAUCUUCCAACGACAAAUCGAUCACAUCAGUUGCGAACAGAAGCACGAGAACAAUGGAGUGAAAAACUAGAUUUCCUCUUAUCAAUUAUUGGUUUCGCAGUAGAUCUAGCGAAUAUAUGGCGAUUCCCAUAUUUAUGUUAUAAAAAUGGCGGAGGUACCUUACUAAAUAUUUCCGUUCCUUUCAGAAAACUUUCUUCUCUCUUCGCAGGUGCAUUUCUCAUUCCAUAUGCUCUUUCAGUUAUCCUGGGCGGCAUGCCUUUAUUCUAUUUGGAACUACUUCUUGGUCAAUAUUAUCGACAAGGUUCCAUAACAUGUGCAUUUCUCAUUCCAUAUGCUCUUUCAGUUAUCCUGGGCGGCAUGCCUUUAUUCUAUUUGGAACUACUUCUUGGUCAAUAUUAUCGACAAGGUUCCAUAACAUGUUGGAAAAAGAUCUGUCCUCUCUUAGCCGGAAUCGGCUGGGCUGUGACGGUCAUUGCUUUCUAUACUGAUUUUUACUACAAUGUGGUGAUUUCUUGGGGAUUAUAUUAUCUUUUUGCUUCGUUUAAACGGAUCCUGCCGUGGAGUGAAUGCAAUAAUUCAUGGAACACAGAACAUUGCUCGACAGUCAAUACACGUCGAGAUUUUAUUGCAAAUUGUACGAAGUUUUUAAAUUCAACGGAGAAGACUUUUGAACAGAACUAUCUCUAUGAAAACUGUUCCACUGCAUUAGCAAAUUCGAGAAUCGUUUCGCCAGCGCAAGAAUACUUCCACUUGCAAGUGUACCGGCUACAACCACAACGGCAUCUUAGCUUGGGCCAUCUCGGUAACGUCAAUCUGGAAAAUCUUGCUUGUCUAGCAAUAAUCUAUCUGAUCUGUUACUUUUCGAUGUGGAAAGGAAUUAAAACAUCAGGCAAAGUCGUAUGGUUUACAGCAUUGUUUCCUUAUGUGGUUUUAACCAUUCUCAUGAUUCGCGGGUUAUUUUUACAUGGUUCAAUGAAAGGUAUUGAGUAUUAUAUCAAACCUGAUUUGAGUCGCUUGAGUGAUGCGUCCGUAUGGGUCGAUGCGGCAUCGCAAACAUUCUUCUCUCUGGGUCCUGGUUUCGGUGUCCUCAUGGCAUUCGCAAGUUAUAACGACUUUCAUCAUAAUGUUUUCCGAGAUGCAAUGAUUACAGUAGCAGUCAAUAGUUUGACGAGUUUUGCAAGUGGAUUCGUCAUUUUCAUGUUUUUGGGUUACAUGAGCGAAAUAUCUGGACGGGAAAUUAAUGAUGUUGCAGAACAAGGCUCAACACUUGUGUUUAUUGUCUAUCCUGAAGCCAUAGCAACCAUGCCAUGGGCACCUGUCUGGGCGAUAUUUUUCUUCUUAAUGUUACUAACACUCGGCCUAGACUCGUCGUUUGGAGGAAGUGAAGCAAUUAUUACAGCGCUGAGCGACGUGUUUCCAGUGCUACGACGGCAUCGUGAAUGGUUUGUUGGGAUAUUAUUUUUCUUUUAUUUUCUCAUCGGCAUACCGAGUUGUACUGAUGCUGGUGUUUAUUUUGUUGAAUUAUUACAAAACUAUGCAGCCUUUUAUUCAAUCAUCAUCGCAGUACUUUUCGAAGCUAUUGCAGUUUCAUGGCUCUAUGGUAUCAAACGAAUUAGUGAAGAUAUACAGGAAAUGUUAGGAAGUAAACCUGGCAAAUUUUGGAUUGUAACAUGGUGUUUAGCAGCACCAUUGUUUCUUGGAGGCAUCGUUCUUUCUGGUCUUAUACAACAUAUUCAUCCGACAUAUGGAAAAUUAACCGACCCGUUCUAUUAUCUGUAUCCCGAUUGGAGCCACUUGAUUGGUUGGAUAUUUGCUUUAUCUUCAGUUAUAUUCAUCCCAGGUGUGGCAAUCUAUCAAUUACUUAUAGAGCGAGGCAGUUUAGCAACGAGAUUUCGUUUGGCAAUAACACCAUGGAAAGAGCGAGAAAAGAAACAUGUGGAGCCAACCAAUACAAACUCUACUGAAACCCAUCAUUUUCUGCAUGAGACUAAUUAA